GAUAUGGAUCAGAGAAUUAUAAAGAACCUGUAUUGGGUUUUCAUGGCAAGGUUUUGGUAGCAGGGGGCUACAGCAGUGGCUUCUGUGAGAAGCUGCUAGAGGCUUCCCGUAUGUCUGAGAGAGCCCAGGCCAGUGGCUCCAAGAUGGACCCAUCACUGGCCAAGGCCGAGUCAAUCAGCGAUGGUGUCCUGGAGGAUGGAAAAUCAGCCCAGACAGGUGUAACCACAGCUUCAGCCACAGCUGGAACACUGAACACCGAGAAGAGGAACAACUCUGGUCCUCAGUGUGCGAACCCCACGGUCCAUGAAGCAGGAGCUGCGACACAGAGACAGAACAGCUUCAGAGCAGCAGAGAGUAAAUGGGGGACACAGAAAAUGUCCACAAAAGAAGUCACCAUUAAUGUUACAAAAAGCAUCAGACAAAGUGACAGACGGAAAACAAAGAAUUGUGUCAAUUAA